AUGCCAAAGCCGCCGAGCGUUGCUCGUCAUCGUGCUCGCGGUCGCUUCAGCUUGCGCCAGCCAGGUUGGCUGCCACCGCAACCCGGCGACUAUGCCGUCAUCCUGGCCGGGGACACUGGAAACACCGGAGGCCCGGACCCCGCGGCGGCGGCUGACCGGCACGGCGGGCGCAUAGCCCCCGCGGCCUCGAAACCAUUCAGCCAGCCAUCACCGACGUGCCCUUCGCUCGCUCGGUGUAAUCGAUCCAGCCUUGUCCCCAGCCUCACCUCCCUGCCGCACAAUCACCUCCAAGGAACGCAAGCCAUGGGCGCCACCUCGCGUCUCGCUCGCACCUCGUCCGCAGAGCCAGAGACGCCGUUUGACCCGCGGACCUGCGUGGGCCCUCGUCUCGACCCAUGCUGCCAAAUACAUACCCGACCUGUCAUGUUUCCGGGGCCGACAGCCCGUCAGCAGCCCUGCAUCCGUAAACGCGCGACAACCCGAGCUGCGGGCGCGCGCAAGCAAACCGCGCUUCGAGGGCACUCAUUGGCCAGGCUCGCUUCCACCACCAGCCGACUACUCAGCUCCGAGGCCAAUAUUCGGGGAGGAGGGGAGCGCCACGUGGUGCCGCCGUCGAGGCCUGACGACACCGCCCGGACGGACGCGAGGCCCGGGCUGCUGUCCCCCCAGCAGCGAGGCAUUUUCUUACGAGGCGCAGAGAAAAGCGACGUGGCCGACACGCUCGAGGGUUGCAAGCCAAUUAUUGAUGAGGUGGAUGGGAUGCAGCGCGAGCUGUUCAGCUCAAACCUAUCGUCGGGCGUCGUUGCUCACCGCGGCGAAACACCAUAUAAGUAG